AUGGAGGCGCCGAAGCGAACGGCCGAUGUCUCUACUGGCGAUGCGAAUAAAAGACACAAACUUGGUCUUGAGAAAUACGCCAAUUCAGCGAUCUUCUCUGAUGUCACGAUCCGCUAUGGCCAUGCAGGAGAGAUAAAAUUUGAGGCGCACAAGUUGAUCUUAAGUUCAAAGUCCCACUGGUUUGAGGCCGCAUUCACGGGUGGCUUUCAAGAGACGAGUGCCACGCAAGUCCGCUUGUAUGACGACGAGCCGACCGCGGUAACAGCAAUGCUCAAUUUCGCAUACCAUGGUGCCAUCGAAUUGCCAGGACCGUGUCUCCCUGUGACGAAUAUUCUCUUCUGCAUUGAUUUGUGCUGCGUAGCGGACAAGUACGACAUGCCCGCCCUACGCAGGCAAACCGAAUUCUGCUUUUGCAACGAGAUGAACAAUUGGCUUGAUGGAAAGAUAAUCCUGAAGCAAGCCGAAGCAAAAGAGCCGGCUAGUCCUGAGUCCUUCUGCAACAUUAUCAGCAAACUUUACGAAUUACCCCAGACUACUGUCCAGCAUCGGCUUGUAGCAGCAGUGUUUGUCCAGGUCAAUCAAACCGGUGCGAUCAAGGUCUUCAGCAACGAUGGCCUAGUCUCUCCUCUGCUUGAGCAAGCUUGCGAGAAAGUGCCUGAAUUCGGAAGAGACCUCUGCCUGUACAUUCUGAGAAAGAGUGGUACAAAUACUCUGUCUGGUGGGAAGCGUGUCAUCUACGAGAUUGAGGUGACUACUCAGGUGAAAUGUCAAGCUUGUGGAGGCAUCUGGCGUCGAGGAAAUUCCCUGACAGUUCAUUCUGCAGGUGGACAUUGCCCCCAUUGUGGACGUCAUGCCAAAGAUUGGCGGAUGCAUUGCGAGAUCUGA